UGUGUGUGAGAGAGAAGGGUUGGACUUUGUUCUCAGCUAUUUCCAGUCUAAAGUUUAUCACAGACACAAUCAUUUUUCAGCAGACAGAAACUCCUCUGUAGCUCUGGAGCUGUGCCGCUGCUGUAUGAAGACGUUCACCUUAAGAUAAACUCCCCCCCCACUUAAGUUAACUUUUCUUAUUUUUUAUAUAUAUUUUUUUAAAGAGGUUUAGAGGAUCCGUGGAGAUCUUCUUCUUUUUUGAGAGGCAACCAUGAUGAGCCGUAACUCCAAGAAUGUGUUGGUGGUCUCUCUCGGGUUUCUGUCUCUGUUCACGGCGUACGGAGGCCUGCAAAGUUUACAGAGCAGUUUGAAUGCAGAGGAGGGGAUGGGCGUGGCGUCUCUGAGCGUCAUCUACGCCUCCAUCAUCGUCUCCUCCAUGUUCCUGCCUCCCAUCAUGAUCAAAAACCUGGGCUGCAAAUGGACCAUCGUUGCUGGCAUGGCCUGCUACGUCUCCUACUCCUUUGGAAACCUCUACCCCGGAUGGUACACACUCAUCCCCACCUCAAUCAUCCUGGGUUUGGGAGGCUCUCCUCUGUGGUCGGCCAAAUGCGCCUACCUGACCAUCUCCGGGAACGCGCAGGCCAUCAGGGAGGGCAAAAGGGGCUCGGAUGUCAUCAACCAAUACUUUGGCAUCUUCUUCUUCAUCUUUCAGUCGUCCGCUGUGUGGGGAAACCUCAUGUCGUCGCUCAUCUUCGGACAGGACACCAACAUAGCUGACAUCCCAGAGGAGCAGCUGCAGACCUGCGGAGCGGCUGAUUGUGGCCUCAUUAUCAGCAGCAACAGCACCACCACCAGACCUGCUCAGAAACUAGUGUGGACACUCGUCGGAUGCUACAUUGGCGUGGGUUUGCUGGCCAUGUUGAUCGUGGCGGUGUUCCUGGACAACAUUGACCAGCAGCAGACCAGCCAGUUCCGUGAGAACCGGGAGCCGUUCUGCCACACCUUCCUGGCCACGUUCAGACUGCUGAAGGACUGGAGGCUGCUGACCCUCAUCCCCCUCACCAUGUACAGUGGCUUUGAACAGAGCUUCCUCUCCGGGGAGUACACCAAGAACUACGUGACGUGUGCUUUGGGGAUCCAUUAUGUUGGCUUUGUUAUGAUGUGUUUUGGAGCCUCAAAUUCUCUUUGCUCCUUUCUCUUUGGGAGACUCGCUCAGUACACUGGGAGAGCCACACUCUUCUUUCUGGCCGCAGGGGCCAACUUUUCCUGUAUCAUUGCUCUCUUGUACUGGAGGCCUCAUCCCGACCAGCUGCCUGUCUUCUUCGUAUUUCCUGCUCUGUGGGGGAUGGCAGACGCUAUCUGGCAAACUCAAACCAAUGCUCUCUAUGGCGUCCUUUUCCCCCGGGACAAAGAGGCGGCAUUUGCCAACUACCGUAUGUGGGAGUCGCUUGGCUUCGUCAUCGCCUUCGCCUACAGCACUUUCAUAUGCCUGGAGUAUAAACUGUACAUCCUGCUGGCCGUUCUGGUGCUUACAGUCAUCACUUACCCCAUAGUGGAGUACCACGAACACAAGAAUCCCACACCGCCCAUUGAGCAGGGGACCUACAUAAAUCACAAAGAAGCCACUGAAACAGAUAAUAAGAUUAUUUGCCAGACCCAAAUGUAGAGACUGAAUUUAUUGAAAGUGUUUUUGUUUGUUUUUUUCAUAUCCUGGUCUGGCCACCAAUCAGGUGUCUCAUAUUACUGCAGAAUUGUUUCAGAUUACAUUAAAAAAAUGCCACAUUGACUAAACUAAAAUUAAAAAUAUAUGUGAUGAGAA